AGGUAUUAAUUUUGCAGGGCUGCUGCGAUGAGGCUCGACAGCUUAAGUUCUUGCUCAGCCCUGGAUUUGAAAGACAGUGGCCCGUAAGUGACGAAGAAAAGAAAAGGAAGGAUGCGCGUUUCGUUGUUGCUCGCGGUAGCUCUGCUUGAAGCUUCGGCGGUCUUUGCAACUCCAUCCGUUCGUGGUACUGACUUCUUGAGCUCUCGGGGUCUGGUGUCGAAGAGACCGAACCAUCCAAUUGGUCCUCAUCGUCCCGGCAAAGCUUUCCCUUCAUCUCCACCCCGAACGAAGACGUGCGUUGUCAAGAGCCACAGAGAUGGCACGGACGAUUCGCAAAACAUUCUAAACGCAAUCAAAGAUUGCAACAACGGAGGCCAUGUCGUAUUCUCCCAUGGGGAGAAGUACAUAAUUGGAACGGCGUUAGACCUAACAUUCCUUAAGAACAUUGAUCUCGGUACCUCUCUUCAUUUCGUCCAUAUCCCUCCAAUAUAUGAACUAAAUAUUCCCGCAGACAUCCAGGGCACCAUUCAAUUCACCAACGAUACCGCAUACUGGCAAGCUCACGCCUUCAGACAAGUCUUCCAAAAUGCAACCACCUUCUUCCAGCUCGGCGGUUCCGACGUCAAUGUCUACGGUGGCGGCACUCUCGAUGGAAAUGGCCAAGCAUGGUACGACCUCUAUGCCCGGGAUAUCUAUAUCUUGCGUCCGAUCCUAUUUGGAACAAUUGGACUUCAUGGAGGGAGGAUUGAGGAUUUGAAUAUGAGGUAUUCACCUCAGUGGUAUAAUUUUAUUGCGAAUAGUUCGGAUGUGGUGUUUUCGAAUAUCUCAAUUUCGGGAUACAGUAAGAGUAAGAACACUGCGAAGAAUACUGACGGUAUCGACACUUACCGAAGCGAUAACAUUGUCAUACAGGACUGGCAUGUCGAUAACGGCGAUGAUUGUGUCUCGUUCAAACCGAAUAGUACUAACAUCGUCGUACAAAACAUGAUAUGCAAUGGCAGUCAUGGAAUCAGUGUUGGCUCGCUUGGACAAUACUUAGGGGAGGUGGAUAUUGUGAAGAAUAUUUAUGUCUACAACGUCUCCAUGUCCAAUGCCUCCGAUGGUGCCCGCAUAAAGGUUUGGCCGGGUAUCUCUUCCGCCCUCUCUGGCGAUCUUCAAGGCGGCGGAGGUCUCGGCUCCGUCUUUAACAUCACCUAUGAUACCAUGAAGAUUUCUAAUGUCGACUAUGCCAUCGAAAUAACGCAAUGUUACGGCCAAAAGAACCUCACUCUGUGCAACCAGUUUCCGUCAAAUCUAACAAUAUCAAACGUCACAGUGAGGAACUUCAAAGGUACUACGAGUAAGAAGUAUGAUCCUCUAGUCGGGUAUCUUGUCUGUAGUAGCCCGAUGGUUUGCAGUAACAUCAAUAUUGAAAACAUCAAUGUGAAAAGCCCCAGUGGGACGAGUCUGUAUACGUGUGGGAGUAUUCCCGGGAUCGAGAGGCAGGUUAAUUGUACAACGAAAAGCGACGGAUAA